CUGGCAUUUGUGUUUAUACGUUUUUACUUUUGGCGAACUUUUUAAUAGAGAAGUGAUAUUUCAAAAAUAAAAUACCUUUAAUAAAAUGUUGGGCAUAAAGAACUAUGGCUCUUCAUCAGAAAGUGAUACAGAAGCAGAAGAAGGCACCAAUAAAUCCGAGGAAGCAUGUGAUAAUAGAAAUUCCAUGUCGCAUCUCAAGCCUGUCGAUCCCGCACUGUCGCUCGCCAAGUCUUUGGCAAUUUGCGCAGCACCUCAUGUUGUACCUAUGGGUGCUACUGCAGUUUCGCGUACCAUCGAUCCCACUGUGAAAGAAGUGAUGUAUAAUCCAAAAUUUGAAGAAUUGUACGCACCUAUCCAAGGUCCAGAAAACCCGAAUUUGACAGAACAAAUGCGUGCUCCUCGAAACACCCUUUCUGGAUAUGUGGAAAAAGCACAUAUUAAUGCCUUUGAAUUUGAGAACCAGCGACGCACAUUUCACACUUACGGUUAUGCGUUGGAUCCUACAGUCGACGAAGCUGCAGAUGGGAAAUCAUUUGUAGGUGAUUUACAAUCUGCCUACAAUGACGAGGGUAAAACCGUAUUUGAGUCACCAAAGCCGAAAAAGAAACGUAAACAAGAUAAAAACGACAACCCAGAAGAUAUCGAAGGUUUUGUCGGACCAUGGGGUAAGUACAAAGAUGAACAAUCGGUAGCGCGUCCGAACGAGCAGGAGAAGGCAGAAUUGGAGGAGAUUUUAGCGAAAAGACACAGGCGCAAUCGUAUUGUAGAAGACAAACCGUUGGAAGAAAAGUCAGUGCUACAUAUCAAAGACGCCUACGAUUACCAAGGGCGUUCGUAUUUGCAUGCGCCACACGAUUUGGGUAUAAAUUUACGUUCAACGUCUGCACCCAAUAAAUGCUUCUUGCCGAAAGCGCACAUACACACUUGGACGGGACACACCAAAGGUAUUUCAUCUAUACGCUGGUUUCCACAAACAGCGCAUUUGCUGCUGUCCGGUUCCAUGGAUUGUCGCGUAAAAUUGUGGGAGGUGUUUGGCGAACGACGCUGUGUGCGCACUUUCUCUGGUCACAGGCAAGCUAUAAAAGAUAUUGCAUGGAAUAACAAAGGCACCAAAUUCCUCUCCGCUUCCUAUGAUCGUUAUAUAAAAAUGUGGGAUGCGGAAACUGGCGAAGUUAUAUCACGCUUUACAGCGCGAAAAAUGCCCUUCUGCGUCAAAUUUCAUCCGGACAAUAACAAGCAACACCUAUUCGUAGCAGGCACCUCUGACAAGAAAAUUAUUUGUUGGGACACACGCAGUGGCGACAUUGUGCAAGAAUAUGAUCGUCAUUUGGGCGCUGUCAACACAAUCACAUUCGUUGAUGAGAAUCGACGUUUCGUUACCACCUCCGAUGACAAAUCGAUGCGUAUUUGGGAAUGGGACAUUCCCGUCGAUAUGAAAUACAUAGCCGAUCCUACAAUGCAUUCCAUGCCAGCUGUAACGCUUGCUCCAAAUAGCAAAUGGUUGGCAUGCCAAUCACUAGAUAAUAAAAUUGUGAUAUUCUCUGCAUUGAAUCGUUUCAAAAUGAAUCGUAAGAAAACAUUUAGUGGGCAUAUGGUUUCUGGUUAUGCUUGUCAGUUAGAUUUUUCACCAGACAUGAGUUAUUUAGUUAGCGGUGAUGGAGAUGGCAAAUGUUAUAUAUGGGACUGGAAAACAACGAAAAUGUACAAAAAAUGGCAGGCACACGAGGGUGUCUGCAUUAGUACAAUGUGGCAUCCACACGAAGCGAGCAAAGUGGUAACAGCCGGCUGGGAUGGCCUCAUCAAGUACUGGGAUUAAGUGAAGAGCACGUAAAUGUCGAUAAGAAGACCACCUAACAGAAAAUGUUAAGUACACCAUAUUAAAUAAAUUUGUAAUAGAUCUGUAUAAUAGUAAUAAAAAUAGAAUUUUAUAAAUGAAA